UUUCUAAUGAUUAUAGUGUUAUUGUAAAGGCUACUAAUAAUCCAGUACUAAUUACUAAAAAUAUGUAUCAAGUAAUUUGUCAAGUUCAUAAUCAAAUUACACAACACAGUGAUCAAAACAAACAUGAAAAGCAAUAUGAGAAAAGUGAAGCUGGGUGA